AUGGAGUACAAUGCCUUGAUAACGUUGGUAACCGAUAGAAAUGUUGAAACUAAUUGGUCUACUUCUACAGUAAGUAAACUGAACCAUUUCACUUGCGCUUUAGCGCUACCGACCGACACAAUCCUGUUUUGUUUCAUACCUGUAUUGCUAAGUGAACCAUAUGUUGCCUCAAUUCCUUUUCAUAGCUUACAAGAUCAGUGUCAAAAGCAAGGCUUCUUGGAUAAAUCAAUCGGCCAAAUACAGAAACAUCUGCGUUCUCAAACUAUCAAGUUAUCUUCUGGAUUGAGCUUCGAGAAAAAGGGCAAGAUCAUAGAAUUAUCACUGAGCAUAUCGUCCGCGCUAAAAGUUCUAUUAAAGGCUGAAAUUAUUGAUACUGAUGGCAAUUUGUCAUUUAUGUUACUUCGAAGGCUACUGGAUGAUGUCCUGAGCAGUAGCGAUUUACUGCGAAAACAGUCGACUAGUAUGGAGAAAAUGAUAGAUGACAAAGAUAGGGCGCUUUCCUUCUUACGAGACCACCUAGAAGAGUCAUAUGAUGGACAAGCCUUAAACAGGUGGGCCCCAAAGGGUUCCCAUAAUUACCAAGCGUUGGAAAAGUUUGAAAAUGCUAAUGUCAAGAGAGCCAUCUUCGAAAGUUCAGAUGAUACAUCUUUGGAUCAAGCUGAGGUCAUGGAAGUGGCCGAUGUUUUAUUCACGAUGAAGAGAGAAUUGAAAGACUACAAGAAGCUACAUCCGACUUCCCCAUCCAAGAAGAAGAAAGCGGUAAAGAUGAAUUCUGAUUUCGCACCUAUCCAGGAAUCCGUUGUGUUCAACCAUAAACCACCUGAAAAUAAUGUGAAUGUAAAAUUUGAGCCGACCCCGUCUUUGGUCAAGUCAGAAUCUCCUGUAAAGCUGGAGAGCCCAGUUUCUGGCCGUGACUCAUCAGAAUCGCCAAGCAGAAAGCGCAAGUUUAGGAAAGUCAAAAUAUCGAAAGGGUCAGCUCCCUAA